GUCCUCCCUCCAGUCUUGUGAAGAAAGCUCAGUGCGAUAUACAAGGAGCAAUCAAACACAAGAAGUGAGGGGUGACACCGCUUCUCCUACAAAAAAAUACACAAAAAAUAAGCCUCUGCAAGGACACACUUACCAGCUUCAUAUCAGUUUGUUUUUGAGGAUUUUUUGUGAGCAUUUUCACUGAAGGAGAAUCUUUGACUGGAGCGAAUAAUUUGGUGAAACCUAUUAAUUUAUAUAAACAUGGCACUUCGACAAAGUUCAGAAAAGGAGCCAAGCAUCGAGUUGUUCAUUAAGGCUGGACAUGAUGGUGAAAACAUUGGGAACUGUCCUUUCUGUCAGAGGCUCUUCAUGGUGCUGUGGCUAAAAGGAGUCAAGUUUACAGUGACCACUGUUGAUAUGAGGAAGAAGCCAGCUGAGCUCAAAGACCUGGCCCCGGGGACAAACCCUCCUUUCCUCCUCUACAACGGCACCCUUAAAACAGACUUCAUCAAAAUUGAGGAGUUCCUUGAACAAACACUUGCCCCUCCCAGGUAUCCCCAUCUCAGCCCGGUGAACAAAGAGUCCUUUGACGUGGGUUCAGAUAUUUUUGCAAAGUUCUCCGCUUUCAUCAAGAACAGCCCAAACAAUGCCCCACAGGAAAAGAUUCUCCUGCGAGAGUUUCGGCGUUUGGACGAAUACUUAAACAGCCCGCUCCCUGAGGAAAUCGACCACAACUCUGCAGAACCCAUCGCCAUCUCCAGGAGGAAGUUUCUGGACGGUGACCGUCUCACCUUAGCAGACUGCAACCUGUUGCCCAAGCUGCAUGUCAUCAGGGUUGCUGCCAAGAAGUACUGCGAUUUUGAGAUCCCAGCCGAGUUCACAGGAGUCUGGAGGUACCUGGAGAACUCCUACGGACGGGAGGAAUUCAAACAAACAUGUCCGGCCGACAUCGAGAUCGAGAAGGCUUACUUUGGCGUCGCCAAGCGGAAAUAAAAACUCACAUUUCAUCACGUUAUUCUCCAACAUGUAACCCCAAAAGCGAUCUCUGGAGGGCGCUGUUGUCACAAAUAUGAACUCAUCUGAUGAAUAAGACCUUCAGCAUCAUAUGAAAGCAUCAUAUCUUUAGUUACUCAGAUGAAAAAGAGCCAGCGUGCAAUUUACUGUUGAGUUAUUGUUUAUAGUGUACAUAAAAAUAUUUUGAAUGCUUUUUAAGAAUCAAAAACAUCUGCCUGGGUAUAUUCAUGUAUAUGACAGUUAGUUAAUUUUAGUUUGAUGAACUCUAAUAAACACACCAUUAAAUAAACUUACUUGUUCCUCAUCA